AUGGCGACCGGUGAGAGGCGAUCAAAUCUCAGGUUGCUCAGGACGUCAUUGAUUCUGGACCAAGGCGACACACGCACAACUCGCCAUGGAGACUGUCUCAGACUGUGUACUUACAAUGCGAGAACAGUUUCCACAGACGCUGACCUGCAUGCCCUUCUCGGAGCUGCAGAGCGUAUCAAAUUUCAUGUGAUUGCUCUGCAGGAGACCAAGUGCAGAAGGAGCGACGUACGACAGAUGAAUGACGGUACACUCGUCAUUCGUGGAGAGAAGGUUCCGUUGCGAAAUGUAAGCGGUGUUGGCUUUGUUGUGCACCCAUCUGUCGUCCAUCUUGUCGAUUCUCACGAGAUCCUGUCACCUCGUCUGGCCAUUCUUCGCCUCCGCCCUCUGCGCCAAAAACCCAUCAGUAUCAUCAACUGCUAUUCACCAACAUCAGCAGCUGAUGAUUCCGAAUUGGACGCGUUUUACGAGGAGCUGGAGGAAGUAGUCCGCAACGAGAAGUCCUUUUACAAAUUCGUUGUCGGAGACUUCAACGCAAAACUAGGAAAGGCCACAGAAAAGGAAUACAGGAUUGGAAGAUUUGGACUAGGGGACCGGAAUGAAAAUGGCAAUCGUCUCGCCGGGCUGUUGUCCGCCGCUCGCCUCUUUCAUGGGAACUCUCUUUUCAUGAAAAAAGAUCAUCGUCGUGGUUCUGAUCACCGUCUCCUUCGUGUGGAAAUACGUCUUAGCCACACGAUGGAAAAGAACAUCUGCUAUCGGCAACGAAGAAGAAAAGAAGUCGUCUACGACGAUUGCGCACUCGAGGACUCCUUGUCCCAAAGUGACUGGCACAUCGAGGAGGACCCAAACGUGGACUACGAGAUGCUGCUCAGAAGAUUACGAGCCUGUGCUGAACGUGCCUCGAAGCCGCGCACGACAAACUUGGAUCGAAUUUCGAAGACCACCAAGGAAUUGUUGGAAAGGAGAAGGGCUUUGAGGCUUGAUCCGAAUGCGUCGCACAUUGAGCGGUUAGUAGCAAACACUAGCUGCAGAAAAGCGUUGCAGGAGGAUCUUUUGAAGUACAGGCAGAAGAAGAUUCUAGAAGCAGCACAAAGAAGAACGAGUCUAAAGAAGUGCCGCAGGGAUCUCCGCGAAUAUAAUAUUCCGCUAGCAACCUUGCUGAGCGAAGACGGGACUCGCACGUCUUCUCGUCGUGAGAUGGAAAUCAUUACGGAGAGGUUCUACUUGUACCUUUUCCGUUCAUCAACUCCUGCGUCAAGCCCGAUCAUCCCCACUGGUGAAGCACCACCACGGAUUCUCCCUUCGGAAGUACGAGUCGCUAUCAAGAGCAUGAAACCUGGCCAUGAAGAAAGGAGACCGAGAGGACUUUCGGAACUCCGAUAUGCUUGA